CUCUCCCCGUAUCAAUAUUAUUUACUAUCUGAACUUUUUGCAUUAUCUACGAGCGUCCCCCCAAGAAGCCUAAAUUAAUCUGACAUAGAUUGGCGUAUAUAAUGCAGAUGAAAGACAGGCAGCAAAUCUUGAUACUAUUUUCAAACUUUGUCACUAUGGAGGAAGUCAGGGCAGAAGGAAUACGAGAAACACACACCCGCCACGCCAAUCACGGGGCGGCAUCAACUGUCCAGCCGUCUCUCAGCCGCGAUCUCCAAACGCCAGUGUUAUCGUUGAUUUUAAUCCCCAAGUCACGCACCAUCGAUGGUGUGAAAAUGAAGCUAUGAUUCCACCUGCCCCAGUGCGUUGAGCGUGCAUUUGCAACCUUUGCAUUACGAUAGCUGUCAAGAUAGCCCACUGCUUAUGGCCAAGGACACGCCCCAGGACAGCGCGGGGCCUUCGUCUCCACCGCCGCCUUUGCCCGAAGGAUGGCUUGCCCAGUGGGAAGGCGUGUCGCGAAAAUGGUACUUUGUCCAGCGAGCAACAGGCAAGUCGCAAUGGGAGAUCCCAACAGAACCCGUGGCCCUCUCACCAUCUACAACCCCCGGUUCGAUCGGUGUCGGGCCAACGCAGGCGCCUGGAAUGACUUCGUCGCCAAUAUCACCAAUAGGCAUGGUGAACUACGGUGCAAACAGGUCUUUUUUUGGUCCGUCAACCGAGAAGGCGGGCUUGUCUAGCAUACUUGGUUCUCACGGCGGCUCUGGUCUAUCGCAGCUAGCCGAUCGAAUGCUGAAUAAAAUAUCAAAGGAGUUCAUGCCCAUAAAAACUGGUGCCAGUCCAUACCAGCAAUUCCCCCCCGGCCACCCGAAUCAUCCUGGCUCACAAAUGCAGUAUGGCCCAGUGGGCGGACCUCAAUAUCAGUCGGCUGCCAAUCCUUACGGCUAUGCUUCUACUGGCUACUCUGGCAAUUACAUGGGAGAUGUGCCGCAAUACCAUCCUCAGGGUCAAGCCUUUGCACCUGUAGAUGCAUACCACCAGCACCAAGGUGUGCCACACCCGGCUACAAUACCGCCCGGCUAUCCUCAGCAGCAUUCACCUAAUCAACCAGCAAUCCCUCAUCAAUUCUCUCCAGCCAGCCCAGGUUCACAGUCAUGGCACAGUCCCCAGCAAUAUUCCCCUGUAUAUUCUCCGUCACAUCAAUCUCCAGGCACACCGGGUGGUCCAGGUGGUGUUGGGCAGCCUCCUCCUCAGCUUCAAUGGCAAAUGGGCCCACAGCCUACAAUACCUCACUCUACCAAACCUCCGAUGGGCCAUCUACCGCAACAGAAUAUUGGAAACAACUCCCCAAAUAAUCAUGGUCAGGCUCAGUUUCACAAUAUCCCUGCAAACUAUCACGAACUCGAGGUUCCCCCACAGCCAGAAGUAUCAAGCCUUUACUCGCAAGGUGUUCCUAUUUAUGAAGCACCAAGUGAUCUUCCUCCGAAAGCCGGGCAUGGAACUCCAGGCUCUGUGCAAUCGCCUCAACAAGCAACUGGCCCACAGCAGGGAAAUCUAUCACAUCACCCUAGUUUAGCAUCUCUAUCGAGCCACCACACCGCGACCAGCCAACCAAUGAACAACAAUGCUUUCAUUGCCGAAUUGCCCGACAACCAGGUAGGAAUGGGCCAGGCUGGUGGCCCACAGAAAACUCAACAACCACCAAAUGUCGGUACUGCGGAAUUGCCUGGUUCUGGACCCGUCAGAAAUACACCAACCGAUCCUCAAUUCGUCAGUGGACCAUGGACAUCGCCUCCUACAGGCGCAAAUCAACAUCCUCCCCAGAAUCGGUAUGAUAAUGGUAGUGGAUUUUCACGAUGAAACGAUGCUAGUGCCCAACCAUUUGAAGCGUUGGAAAUACAUACUUCACAUUUCUUUUCUCUUCUCUCUGUCAUUCUUAUUCUUAUAUUCUUUCUUUUUGUUACUUUUCUUCGCGGUAUUUCUAGCGUUGAGACUAUGCAAUGAUAUCCUCAAAAGUUGAAUUAAGUUGCUAUUUUUCUCUUGUCUUCGUCCUAAUUCCUGAAAUGUUGUGGUGGAUUUCUAUUACAAGAAUUGCUCUUAGCGAUGUGUCGUAUAAAGCUACAGCCUCUUCCACCUCUCGUGCAGACGAACGCCCAUUUUCUUUAUGAUGAAUAGAGUUAUUUAUGUAAGCGAUAGUCAAAAUAUUUCC